UGUACCGGCCUGGCAGACUCAAUGAGCCCCCUGAUGCCCUAUCCCGGGGAACAUGUGCUAGCACACAGCUCGACCAGCUGUACGCCCUUCAUGCACAACUUUGCCAUCCGGGGGUCACCCGAUUUUACCAUUUUGUGAAAGCUCGGAACCUGCCGUACUCCCUGGAGGACAUCAGGACGAUGACCAGGGACUGCCAAAUUUGUGCCGAGUGCAAACCGCACUUCUACUGUCCUGACACGGCACAACUUGUCAAGGCCACCCGCCCUUUUGAACGCCUGAGUGUUGACUUUAAGGGCCCCCUUCCCUCCACUGACCGCAAUGUCUAUUUUCUCAGUGUUAUUGACGAGUUCUCACGGUUCCCCUUUGCCAUCCCCUGCCCCGACACUACUGCCACGUCCGUCAUAAAAGCCCUGCGCCAGCUCUUCACUCUGUUCGGGUAUCCCUGCUAUAUCCACAGUGAUAGAGGGUCCUCCUUUAUGAGUGAAGAGCUGCGCCAGUACUUGCUAGCUAGGGGCAUUGCUACCAGUCGGACCACGAGUUAUAAUCCCCGGGGUAAUGGCCAGGUAGAGCGGGAGAAUGCCACAGUGUGGAAGGCCACACUUUUAGCCCUCAAGUCCAAAGGGUUGCCGGUCUCUCGAUGGCAGGAGGUCCUCCCUGAGGCACUGCACUCUAUCCGCUCUCUGUUAUGUACGUCCACCAAUGCCACCCCUCACGAACGCCUAUUCUCUUUUCCCAGGAAGUCUGUCACUGGGACCACCCUACCAGUUUGGCUGACGUCCCCGGGGCCAGUGCUGCUCCGGAAACAUGUGAGGAGCAAUAAAUACUCCCCGCUGGUGGAGAGGGUUCACCUUCUCCAUGCGAACCCCCAGUAUGCUUACGUGGUCUUACCUGAUGGGCGGGAGGACACGGUCUCCAUCCGCGACCUGGCACCCGCAGGUGCAGCAGACCACUACCCUGAAGGCUCUCCGGUUACUGUGAACCCUGCACCAGAGGUGACACCGUACUCACCAGGCCCUACACAGACUCCUCACGACACUUGUAUACCGGGCGUUUCGUACGCAUUUAUACCAGGCGCCUCGCACAUGCAUGAGGGAUCACCGGCGCCUAGUGGGCAAGAACACGCGCAACCCCCGUCCCCUGUGCUAUCGCCAAUGUUGCCGGCACCUAUGCAGUCACAGCCGGUGCUACGUAGAUCGCAGCGACAGAUUCGACCGCCUGAUCGGCUUGACUUGUAAGAACCUUCGCUACAUGAGGACUUUUUCAAACGAAGGGGGGGUGAAUGUGGUGAACUAUGUGCCUGUCGGGACACGCCCCUGCUGACUGCUCCUGUGGCUCCUCCCACAGGCCCCUGUAUAAAGGAGACCUGCGGCCUGAAGAUCGGCCUCAGUCUCCAGGACCUUGUAUGAUAGACACUCACUCCUGGUUCCUUCUUCCAGUCAAUAAAAGCCGAUA